UCUCCAUGAAACAGGAAGUCAGAUCUGGACAAAAUGGCGGCGCCGAAGGUUGUACCGAAAGAUGCUCAGGUUAUGACCCAGAUUUUGAAGGAUAUGGGUAUCGCAGAGUACGAGCCAAGAGUAAUUAAUCAGAUGCUGGAGUUUACCUACAGAUAUGUAACAACAAUAAUAGAGGAUGCAAAGAUCUACUCAACACAUGCCAAGAAAUCAAACGUCGAUGCCGACGAUGUGAGGCUAGCUAUCCAGUGCCGAAUGGACCAGUCGUUCACAUCACCUCCUCCGAGAGAUUUUCUACUUGAGGUUGCAAGACAGAAGAAUCAGACUCCUUUGCCAUUGAUUAAGCCUUACACUGGACCCAGACUCCCUCCAGAUAGAUAUUGCUUAACAGCCCCGAACUACAGACUGAAGUCCCUGCAGAAGAAGGUCUCGUCUUCAGCAGGAAGAAUCACUGUACCUAGACUGAGUGUUGGAGCGAUGAGCAGCCGUCCCAGCACUCCCACUCUGGGUAAGGGUACGCCUGUAUCGCAGUCAGUCACGCUCACCACUAAGGUAGGAACACCUGUGUCAUUGUCAGGGCAGCGCUUCACAGUCCAGAUCCCUUCAUCACAGUCUUCAACAGUGAAAUCAGCUAUGCCCUCCACCCCUACAGUUCAGAACGUGCUCAUCAACCCCUCCUUGAUCGGUUCCAAAAAUAUUCUCAUCACAACCAACAUGGUGUCGUCACAAAGCUCAGCCAACGAGUCGAAUGCUUUGAAGCGGAAGCAUGAAGAUGAAGAUGAUUACGACACUCUAUAACUGGGGACAGAGCCGCGCCAUGGAAGUAGCUGCUGGGACAAUGUAAAUAAUGACGCUUCACAACUGUUUAGUGCAUCUUCGUUUAUUUUUUAUAAAUGCUGUUUACAUUUUCUGUCUGAUCGAUUGAGAAAGUAUGUAAGCAUAGAACCAUAUAUCAUGCACAUGUUGAUAUAAAAGACCUACUGUGUCACCUAAGCUUUGUAUUUGUAAUGUAAUUCCUGUAGAGCUUUGCAUCUAGUGAUGUCCACAGGGAACCGCUUGUGUUAAGAUUAGGCUGUGAAAACAAUCCGAUUCCAUCUGAUCUGCCUGUUCAGACUAACCCUCGGGUCGGUCCUGGACUUCCUGGGCAGGAGCUGUCAGAUCAGUUUAGAUAGAAUAGCUUUCACAAGACCAGAUGAAGUGAAGUAGGAAUAGACUGAUCAGUUCUGUAAUGGUUUCCCUUUCUAAAAACACUGUCCAAGCAGGUGAACCUGUGUGGAUGUCCCUGCAUGCCUGAUUUACAGCCAAAUACCUUUUACAUAUUUCUACAUGUUCCACUUUCACAAAGACACACUUAAUAAAUGAGAUUAGGAUAUAA